AUGUCUUACCUUACCUCCACGUCCUCCAGUUCGCAAUCUUUCCCUGAAAUUAGCACGAUACAUCAUGGGCCCAGCAAAAUCAAGGCAGACAGAAUCGGAGGCGAUCCGGGUUUAUUUGGCUUCAAGCCCACACUCGGGAAGGUGCAAUUUCUGUUGCACGGGCACAGAUUAGUGAAUGAGAGGUUCUAUAAGGCCGAGAUGGCGCUUACGUACGACGGGUAUAUAUACUAUUCUGUACGCAAGAUCAACUGUUGGUUGAUUAUUCGCACCUUUUUGGUUGUAUUGGCGCAGUGGUACAGAGCUCCGUCCUUACACUGUAAGGACAAGAACUACUUCCUUCAGUACACCAAUGUAGAUCGUCUAGUUCUUUCCCCAAAAUAUCUCGAUGAGCUUCGAAUGGGAAGUGCUGCGAAGUUAAAUGCUUCGUUUACAUCGACCGUCAAUCGCAUGAUAUUUGUAGAGGAAGGCUUACCAAAAGUUUACCAAGGGAGUUCACUCAGGAUCUGUCACAAGAGCUGCGUGGCUGUAAUGACAAAAGAAUACUCAUCUUACAGCGCACACAAAUUGCUCGUAUCACUGAACUGGUCCGUGUCCUCGUUUUUCUUCGUUGGGCCGUCCCUUUCUCGCAACAAGGAGUGGCGAAAGUUAUUCUCUGACUUACAACCUGCUAUCAUAUCAGUGAUAAUAUGGUUAACAUCAAUGCCGGAGGUCCUCCGUCGCAUCUUGGGUCCUGUCAUCACUCUAACUAAGAGGUUAAAGAGUGUUCAUGCCGCUGUUCGACGGCAUCUCUUUCCGCCUGGUCAGAAAAUUAACGAUGCCAAAGAUCCUUCAAUCCUACAUCACUAUCUUACAGCAUCGAAAACAAGGGUCGAGAAACAUGUUGUAGCCAAAUGCUUUGCUGACUUACCUUCCAAGUACACACAAUACAUCGACGGCCUCAGGAAUGAGGUAGAAGAAGUCUUGGCCGCGAACGGUGGACAUGGGACUCAGAGGCCACCAAGAAGCUCAGGCGAAUGGAUAUCUAUAGUUUCUUUCGACGGCCUCGUACUCGCCAAAAUGAAAUUUUCAGACGAAACCAUCCUUCUAGAAAGGACAGUUCAUCAGUUUUCCAAAAUUUCGAUAGGUAUCGGUGUUUUAACGGGAGCCUACACCUGGGAAGUCGGCCUGUUCAUACUGAAUUACGAUAUCAAGUUCCCGGAUGGGCAAACCCAGAGGCCACCAAAUUCGUACAUGGACGCUGGUAUAAUGCCAAAUGAGAAGCAAGAUAUUUAUAUUGAAAAUUGGGGGACCAUUUAA